GCCGACAAUUGGAGCACAUCCUGGGUCGAAACUUCCCAGCUCACGGCAUCGGAUGACAGGUUAAAUGUUGGUUGCUCCAGUCAGGCCGCGCAAUCCCGCUUGGGGAAUGGGUCUGAAACCUGGAAUGUGCCAGGAGUUUAAAUUGACAGCUCAGCUUCGAUUCCAGCUUCAGCUCCCUCCUCCUUCUUAUCUCUCGUUCUUCUGAUCGAAGUCACCUGUGCAUCUCGACACUGCUCUCCUUUCCAAAGACAUUCACUCAUUUCCACACAGUCCGUGCAAGUCACACGCAGACUCUAGACAGACCAUCCAGCAUAAUGGACGCCGAAACCCAACAACAGAAAAUCCAGGCUCCUCCAGCCCAGUCGGGGCCGGACAGUGCCAUCUCCCAACAGCCUGCCGCACGUGAAUCCAUGGACGCCAGCGUUAUCACCAACAAAGUGCAUCUUCGAGGCGGUGGUGAGGGAGAGGACAUUUGCUGUGGCUUGUGUGCCGGGUUUUUGUGCUUCGAAUGUUGCAAGGAUUGCUGCUAGACGGUGACAAUACCACAGAGGCAACGGAAUCCAGUCUGAUGCAUGAAGGACAGAGUGCUACGGAGCGAUCAGCGACUGAUACCCCAUAGUCUAUCCAGCGAGCCCGUUCUAGUGCUUCGGGCCACUUCAAUCAACACAUACACUUCAGA